UGCCGCAAAACCCGACGGGGAAGAAGGAAGCUGGUGCGAAAACGCGUUGGAAUUUGGGCACCGCGGCAGCCCGUAGCCGGCUUUCCCAACAUGGCGUUUCCCCAAGACGUCCACGUCAGGAUCUGUAACCAAGAGAUUGUCAAAUUCGACCUGGAGGUGAAGGCGCUUAUCCAGGAUAUUGGAGAUUGUUCAGGGCCAUUAAGUGCACUUACCGAACUGAAUACUAAAGUGAAAGAGAAGUUUCAACAGUUGCGGCACAGAAUACAGGAGCUUGAGCAGUCGGCUAAAGAGCAAGACAAAGAGUCGGAGAAGCAAGUUCUGCUCCAGGAAGUGGAGAAUCACAAAAAGCAGAUGCUCAGCAAUCAGACCUCAUGGAGGAAGGCAAAUCUCACUUGCAAAAUUGCUAUUGACAACCUAGAGAAAGCAGAACUUCUCCAGGGAGGAGACCUCUUCAGGCAAAGGAAAACCGCCAAAGAGAGCCUGGCCCAGACGUCCAGUGCUAUCACAGAGAGCCUCAUGGGGAUCAGCAGGAUGAUGUCCCAGCAGGUCCAGCAGAGCGAGGAAGCCAUGCAGACGCUGGUUAAUUCUUCACGGACUAUCCUGGAUGCAAAUGAAGAAUUCAAGUCCAUGUCGGGGACCAUCCAGUUGGGACGGAAGCUCAUCACAAAAUAUAAUCGCCGAGAGCUGACUGACAAGCUUCUCAUUUUCCUUGCGCUCGCCCUCUUUCUUGCUACGGUUCUCUAUAUUGUGAAAAAGCGGCUCUUUCCGUUUUUGUAAGAUCUGAGAGCUGCCAGCUUUUGCCCUUUGAGUUCCAGUGUCAGGAUCCAGCCACACUCCUGAGCUCUGGCCCCGGCCACCAGACUGAUCCACGCCCCCCAGUCUGCUCCAGUCGCUCAGCAGGUCCGAUGGAGACACAGCCCCGCCUCCCGGAGCUUCUGCAGGUGGCUGGCGUGUAAGGGGCGAACAGAGCAAGGGGAGGAAGGCCUGUCAUCGGGACACCUGCAGAGACAAAGGGACUCCAAGAGCUGUCCCACACUGUGGGUGGCUGCCACUUGAGGCACUCGGGCUGGCCUCCAGGAUUUGAUGCCCCUCUUGGGUCCCCCUCCCCCACUGCAGCCUUAAUGCCAGAUCUGGAGGAGGGAAGAGAAAAGGGGGAGAAAGAGGAGGAUGGAAACUCACGUCCAUUCCUUGAAUAAAGUUGACUAAAUUUUUUUUUUAUUUAAAAAAAUGUAUUUAUUUAUUUUUGGCUGUGUUGGGUCUUCAUUGCUGCACGCAGGCUUUCUCUAGUUGUGGCAAGCAGGGGCUACUCUUCAUUGCGGUGGCUUCUCUUGUUGCGGAGCACGGGCUCUAGGCAUGUGACUUCAGUAGUGGUGGCUCUAGGGCUCUAGAGCACAGGCUCAGUAGUUGUGGCACGCGGGCUUAGUUGCUCCGCGGCAUGUGGAAUCUUCCCGCACCAGGGCUCGAACCCCUGUUCCCUAUAUUGGCAGGUGGAUUCUUAACCACUGCACCACCAGGGAAGUCCCAAGUUGACUAUUUAACAGCAUGAAAUGCAUUCGGUUUUCUAAGGUAUCCCUCUGGGAAUUCGUGUGCCUGUCUGGAUGUCCAGAUUUCUAGAACAUGAAUUUAGAUCACUGAUUUGUUCACUCACCAAAGAGUGAUUAAUCAACAGCCACAUGCAGGGUGUCACAGACACUGCCGUGGUCCCUCCCUCAAGGAGCAAGACGAACAAGAUCCCGCAGACUCUCAGGAAGGAGGAUGCACCCAGCCCCCCCUGGAGGAGGCUCACACCAGUGUCUGAAGAGGAUGAGGCAGACACCCUCUUUCGACGCACAGUGGCCUGGCCUGGCCUGGGGGUGUGCACUGUCUCAGGGGCUGGCCCACACCUUUCUCUUUGAGGUCCAGAGCUAAAUAUAACCAAGAGAGUGAAGCUGGUGAUAAGCUGGGGCCUGUCUGGGCCUGAGUUCUGUUGAGGCCUGGGGGGAUAGCAGGGCCCAGGCUAGGCCAGGCUGGGAGAUGUUAGUGUCUCCUUGUGCUAAAGGCCUGGCUGACCUCGCACACAAAAUCCCAGCCUCCCCCACUAUUUAUAGCCCCAGAAGCCCUGGGACGGUAAUGUGGGGGCAGAGGGGAAAGUGAAAAGAACAUGUGGAUUUGAAUGUUGCUUCAAAGACUUGGUUUUGAGUCUUGGCUCUGCCACUAAGGAACCACAUGACCCUGGGCAAGUUACCUUAUGUCACUAAGCUUCAACUUCCCCCCCUGUAAAGUGGGGGUGAUAGUCCAUAUAGAUGCUUGUAGGGUCCAUUUGAGAAUCACACAAGAAUGUAAAGUAGCAAGUGCAGCUUCUGUCUGAGCCACGGGCUUCCCAAAUCCAGCCACCUUCAGGCCUCUGGGCCCCAAGGUUUCCUGAAGCAAACAGCCAGGUUCUCCAGGGAGAGCUGGCCUGGGCAUCAGAAGUUCUGUUUAGAUGUGUUUGAGCAGAGGAUGUCAACAGUUAAGGCCUCAGUUAUGAAGUGUCACAUCGUCCUGGGACCAAGUUAGAAGAGACUGGCUGCACACCUCAGACUGACUAGUUUAAUGAGUAGGUUCUGAGUUAAAGUAUACACAGUUUAUAUAUAUAUAUAUAUAUAUAUCUCAUCCUUAAACAACUUCUGGCCCCAAAAGGCACUCAGUGCAAGUUGUGCAUGUGUGUGUCUUAUUUAUAGUCAAAUUAAAGCUGAGACUAAAGCACAGAUGGGAAAUUCCCACUCAGAUUCCAGCUGUAAGUGCAGCAGAUGGAUGUGAUCAUGUUAGGAUUUUCUUGCUUAACAUUUUUCUUUACUACUUUCCACUAAUUGUCAACAUCCUCCUCACAAUAUGGAAAUGUGUGGGCUCUGUACUCCCUAGAAAUUCUCCUUUUGACACUUUAUUCCUCUUUUCCUUGCCUCCGUCUGAAAAUAGGGUUGAAUGUGACCCAUUUUGAAAUGUCAUCGAUAGCAUAUCUCGCAACCCCACCAGGUCCGUAAGUCGUCCCCGGUGGGGCUGGUGGUGCAGAAAGCCACACCUCCAUGUUCAACCAGGAGGGGGCAGUACUCACAUUUGCUCUGUGGUCUUGCUAUGUGUAGACUAUUUCCAUCCGUCCGCAUGAAAUGCUCUCACGGAUUUUUUCUUUUUUAAAAGAUACCAGAUAUUUUAAAAACACGCAAAUGUACAAAGUUUACCUGUAUAGUUUUUGGAAGACAUUUCAUGAAUCACCUUAAUUUUCACUGUUAAGCAGUAAGGCAAGCUUCUAUUCUCCAUUUUGCUUAGCCGACAGUCAAGGAAUUAAAAGUAUUAGAACAGUCUUCAAGGGGUCAUUCAUUCAAGUAUUUACUGAACACCUACUUUGUGCCAG